UUUCAGCGUACUUAUAUGACACCCUGUAGAUCAUUUCCAAGCAACCGAUAUGUAUUAUCGAACAAACAACGUGGAAGAAAAUCUGACGUUGCUACGUUAGGUACAUGUCACUUUGCACUAAAAUAAUAUAUAAGCAAACAACUUCUAUCUGGAAAUGAAUCUAGCCUUACUUCAGCCUCAACUGCUGCUCGGCUUGGAAACGAGGAUCAGAAAUAACGUUCACUUCUUGUCUGAUGACGAAGUUGUGUAUCCCGUGGGAUCAGUCGUGGCUGUCCAUAAUUUCAACGUGAAGAAGCAGAGAUACAUAAAAUUGUCUGAAAAGGGUAAAAACUUGACGCACCUAGCUGUGAGUCCAGACAAAAAAUUGAUAGCGGUGGUCGAAACAACAGACAAGUACCCGAUAGUCACAUUGUGGUGUCCUUUGCUGUUCCGAAAGAAGAAAACGCUCAAUCUACCGGUGGACAAAGAUAUCAUAGCAAAUCGGUAUGUGACGGUGGAAUUCACUUUCGAUUCGAAAUAUAUCGUCUGCGUUACCGGCGAACCAGACUGGAGUUUGUAUUGCUUCAAAUGUGAUAAAGGAAGAUUGGAGAGCUUCGCCAGGGCCAACAAUACUAACGCCACAGGAACGGUUAUCCAGCUAUCCUGCAAUCCUAACGACACCAACCAACUAGUCGUUGUCGGAGACUCAGUUCUGCGAUGCCUCGGCUGCCAAGACUUCUCAUGGAGGCAGUUCGGAUACAACAAGAUAGACUCCGUGGUCUACACCAGCUGCUGCUGGCUGUCUCAGGACAGGUUGAUAGUCGGCAGCAACCGAGGAAAGAUCAUGAUACUGGAGACUGGAGAGUUGAGGGCCGUCUUUCACGCUUCCGAUAUGCCCAUCAUCUCUAUGCAAGCUAGAGACGAACUGGAAGACUCCUCGGAGAUCAACGUGGACCCCUCGAUGUACGACACCUUCGGCAUGGCCGUCUCCGACUCGGAGGAGAACUUCGAGAUCCGGUCGAUCGUCAAUUUCUCCCGCGGCUUCGCCUUCGGCUACCUCAACGGCAAAGUUCAUCUGUACGAGCGAGAAACUCCCCACCGCUUCAAGAAGAGGGGGAUCUUCACUAUUCCCGACCGGACGAUCCGGAGAGAGUACGAAGAGGAACCUGAAGUGGUGACGACCGUCAAUACUAUCGCCAUCAAUCCGUCGCAAGACAGAAUAUUGGCGACCUGUUCAGAGAUGCAAAUAUGGUCGGAAAGACUCUGGUCACAUGACGCGAGCACUGGCAUCGAAAUAGUCUUGAGGGACUUUGGAUACCCCAUGCAUUUAGGUUCCAUUGGCAGUUUGGCAAUAUGUCGUUGGAAACCCAUUGUAGUUUCUUCCGGCCUACGUGAUCGAUCCAUCAAAAUAUGGAAUUAUGAGACGGAUGAGGUGGAAUUGGUACAAAAUUUCGAAGAUGACAUCUACUCUGUCGCCUUGCACCCCACAGGACUGUACGCUGCUAUUGGAUUCUCAGAUAAACUGAGAUUCAUGACCAUCAUGAUCGACGAUAUCAUCACAACCAAGGAAUUCAAUAUACGAAACUGCGAAAUGACGAGCUUCAGCAAAAUGGGUCACAUGUUCGCCGCAAGUAAUGGGAACGUUAUUCAAGUGUAUUCCAGUAUUAGCUUCGAACAAGUUUAUGUGCUGAAAGGACAUAAUGGUAAGAUCCGCGGCAUGUCCUGGUCGAACGACGACAGCAUCCUGGCGACUUGCGGCAGCGAGGGGGCCGUCUACGGCUGGGAGGUAGCCAAGGCCGCCCGAUUGACGGAGACCAUCAUCAAGUCCUGUCAGUUUAAGGGCGUGGCGGUGACUAGAGACGGUAGAAGCAUCUUCGCCGUCGGGACGGAUGGCAGAGUGCGAGAGAUGGUGAAUUCGAACGUGCAACGAGACGUCGUUUUAACGACGAAUUCGGCGCUGGAUGGUAUAGCGCUGUCUGCUCUGGAUUCCAUGAUGUUCGUGACAGGAAAUGGAGGAACAGUUUACGUUGUGAAACUUCCUCUACUGGAGAAAGCUGAAUACGCCGAGUAUACCAUGCACAGCAAAGUUGUUCUGAAGAUGUGCCUAUCGUCCGACGACAGAUAUCUGAUAACCGGCACUGCGGACGGCUGCAUCUGUUUCUGGAAACUGCUGAACAUCGAUGACAAGGCCAUCCAGUUCGACCACGCCUCCUCCAACGAGAUCUUGAUUUCCCGCCAAAUCCUCGAGGACAAGAUCGACCAGAUCAAGAACCUGCAGCUGCGCAUGAAGGAACUGGAAACGGAACAUUCGUACCAGAUGCGACAGAACGACGCGCUGCACUCACUUAAGAUGAAGGACAUCCAUGCCGGGUAUUGCAAUGCCAUCGAAGAACUCAAACUCAAAAACGAGCAAUUAGAAGGAGAACACAUCCAAGAAAUAAACAACAUUAAUGCCCAAAUCAACAAAACCAAAGCUGAACACGAGAUAUUCGUCCAGAAGCUAGAAGCGAGUUACAAUGAAAAACUGAUCACCGAAUACAAAAAAUUCAUCGCAUUCGAAAACAAAAUGGAACAGAUGCUCAAAGAAGCCGACAUCCGCUAUGAACAGUUGAAGAGAGACAAGGAAGAAUCAGAGAAAGCUUUGAAGGACGAUUUCAUGGCGCAGCUACAGGAAGAGAAGUUUCAGUAUCAAGAGUUACUCGAAACAUCUCAACAUCAUGCGAAAGAAAACGAGCUCAUCAAACAGCAAAUCGAAGACGAUGCCGAUAGAGAGAUAUACGAAUUGAAGGAGAACCACGAAAAAGAACUCAAAGAAGAGCAAGAUCUCAACGUGCGCUUGCGCGGAGAAGCCGCAGUCGUCAAAAAGAAAUAUCUCGCCAUGCAAAAGGAAUGCGAGGACCUCAAACACAAAGUUUUCUCCAUGGAGAACGAGCACAUCAAGUUCAAGAGCAUGAUCUACGGCUUGGAGAAGGACAUAAUGGAUUCGAAGAAGGAGAUCCAAGAGAGAGACCAAACCAUCGAGGAGAAGGAGAAGAGGAUAUUCCAAUUGAAGAGCAAGAAUCAGGAGUUGGAGAAGUUCAAGUUCAUUUUGGACUUUAAGAUUAAGGAGCUGAAGUCGCAAAUAGAACCGAAAGAAAGAACGAUUCAAGAACAGGUAACCCAAAUCAACGAGAUGGUCAGAGAAUUAGAGAAUCUGCAAAAAGUCAUUCUCAGCCUGGAUCUACAGUUGGCGGAGCUGAGGGAAAAACUGACGGCAUCGAACAAUGAAGUGAAACACGAGGUUGAAAAGAACAGGAGGAUGAAGAAGGCGUUGCAAGCUAUAAGGAUAGACAUCCAUCAUGCCAGCGGUUUCACACAGAAUGUUGCAAUGUUGCAGAAAGCUGUCAGGGAUAUGUAUCACAAAUACAAUGCCGACAAAGAUUUCGAAGUAACUCAAGCAGAAGAUACUGAAGCGAAAAGCGAAUUCUUAAGACAAAGAGACUUUUUAGAGAGGACCGUGUCAACUUUACACUUUCAAGCAACUAAGAAUACCAACUUGCUGAGCUACGACAAAGUUCGACUGGUCGACGACAACGCCACUCUACUGGUGGAAACCAACCAGCUCAGGAGGAAUUUGCAAGCGGAAAUACAUCAGAACCGCAAACUGAAUUCGUUGGUGGGCAUGUCGUAUAUAACACCCAAAGCUGCUCAGCAAAGGGUCAAUUUGGCAGCCGAAACCAACAAAGAAAUCCACAAUAAAUACAAGACGCAGAUGAAGCAGAACGAGAAGUCGCUGAACGCUAUGAAAGUGGAGAACAGCAGAUUGCUGAACAAACUCACGGAAAUGGACUAUAUUGAAAAAGACACAGAAUAUAAUGAGGAUUAAGAGCCUAUAUUCAUUAUAUUGUAGUUAUACAAAUAUAAUUUCUACUCAUGA